AGAGUUGGGAGAUUAGGUUUUUACAGCCAAAAUGUCAGCAGAUAUUCUUCAGUUUUUGAAGAACAAAUUCAUGGAUGAAUUGGAAGAAGCAGAGGAGGAACACCCUCCACCUCAUGACAUCCCCCAUCAUUCUUAUUUUCUACAAAUUCGAAAGCUUCUGGAAACUAAAAGCAUCACGCCGUCGACAGGAAUGAAGGAUUGUCUUUACGACCUCAGCAUUGCAUUGACCGACUGCGUUCUCUUCCUGGAGAAGCGCAAAAUGAAAAUCAACAAGGAUUCCUCACAUGGGCAAGAGCAAGAGCAAGGGCAAGGGCAAGGGCAAGGGCAAGGGCAAGGGCAAAGGCAAGGCCACUACUCUCUGCCUGAGCUGUGGUUUCUGUGCAAAACAAAAAGGAAGCUGAUUCACAUCAAGAAAAAGCUGUUUGUUGCUACAAGCCACCCGGUAGUACCAGAGCAGACUUCCCUUUCUGCCGUCACGGAUGUAGCCACAACUUCUUCUUCUUCUGGCUCUUUAUCAUUUGAUGGACCAACGAUAGACCCUUUUUCUUCCUAUUGGUUUACAGACCAAGUCAUAAAUAUAGAAAAAUUGGUUCUGGGUACAAGUGAAUUGGAUGAAGAAGGAUUUAGUAAGGAAAUUGGAAUUGUGGGGAUUGGGGGUUGCGGUAAGACCCUUGUGGCCCGAAGAGUUUUCAACCGAAGUCGUAUGGCCCGAAGAAUUUGGAUCAAUUUACAAGCGAUACAGAAAGGAGAAAUAGAUUUUAAGAAGAUUCUCAAGGCUAUGCUGAAGCAGUGUGAUGAUGGGCAAAGAGAUUUUGUGGAUGGUAGUGUGGAGGUGGAGGAGGAGGAGCUAUUGGAGGCCCUCUGCAAAGCAUUGUGGAGUAAGAGUUAUUUAUUAGUGUUUGAUGGAAUUUGGGAUAUCAACCUGGACUGGUACUUCAGGUUAAAGGAGAGACUCCAGUGGUGUAACAAAUCAAAUCAGAGUAGAGUCAUCAUCAUUACAACCAGACUCGAUGGUGUGGCUAAGAGGAUGGUUGGGCCCAAUAAUUUAUAUCGUAUGCAGCCCUUUUCCAAUCAGGUUAUUUGGGACCUCAUUACGAGCAUUGUAAGUUAUCUUCCGGAGGAGCAUCCCAUUGUGGUGAAAAUGAAGGAUGAAAUGAUAUACCAUUCUCAUGGUCUCCCGUUAGCUGCAACAACGUUCUUCACUAUUAUGCGGAACCAAACCUAUGGAGGGGAUUUCCAGCACAUACUUGAGUUACUACGAGAAAGGAAAGAAGUAUUUUAUGUAAUGAUCAACCCCAAAGACGAUGCCAAUCAGGGGAACGAUUUGCUCCUAUCUCUUCGUAGCUUAUGGGGCACAGAAUUGGUUUGUGACAUUUCAGAGGUUGUUCCUCAAUUCCCAUUACAUCACAUUCUCUUGCCUUUCGGAUUGAUAAGUGAUUAUGUCGUUCUAGACAGAGUGAGGAUAUUGGUUUUUGGAGGCGAUGCUACAACAAAUCGGGUUUUACAAGCAUUCUGUGAUAUGGAACUCCAUCCGACACCACUAAUUGGUGUGAUGCCUUUGGGAACACAAGUCAACAUUUCAAUUUCUCUUGGAUGGGGAAAUCAAAUUUCUGAUGCAGAUUGUAAGCCUUUUUUUUUCUUGCCUAAAUUAAGGGAUGCUGAAGUGAUAUUGAUAGACAGUUGGAAUUUUGUAAUGAGGACAUCAAUUCCAGAUUGUCUUGAGAUACCAAAGACUCUUCGCGUUCAACAUGUUUCUGAAGACGACUUAUUGCUCAUGGUGUGCCAAUUGGUGAAGAUGACUAGAAGCAUGCAUAGGAUGUUGGAGAAGAUGGUGUGCAAAGGUGGUAGUUGGAGGAGUUCCAAGUGUGAAGAAGGAUGCAAGGUUGGUUUUAAUGAAGGGUUGGAUGCUCAAGAAUGUUUUGGUGAUUCUCACUUUAAAUCAUGGCCAAGGAACAUUACUUUGCCUAUAAUUGUUAAAAUCAAGGAUCAACAACAUCAAUGGAAGAAGUUAAAGUUACCUCGAAGCAUAAGAUCAAUUGUUUGUCUUAACAUGCCUAGUUUCCCUGGUGGACUAGACCCUUGGGGCAAACCAAAUUUUAGGAGAAAAAAAGAGAGAAACUUUACAUCAUCUUUUGUGGAUGAUGGACUUCUUGAGAUUAUAGGAUUUAGAGAUUCAUGGCAUGCGGAAAAGUUUCUUCCUUUGAAUUGCCAUGGGACUCGUCUUGCACAGGUGCACCAAAUUCGCUUUGAGCUUUGCAAAGGGAUAGCUAAGCAUAUUUACAUGAGUUUUGAUGGGACGAAAUGGAAACAACAUACCCCUAUUGAUGAUGACAACUACAUGAUCGAAAUCUCUUAUUCAUCUAAAACUAGAAUGCUUGCAACUUCAACUUCAAAAUGCAAACACAAAGCUAAAAGUCCUACAUCUAUUGAAUAUUCUCAAUAGGGUUGAAAUCUUCAUUGAGGAUUUCCUACUAAACCUUUAUAUGUGGAUAACAUGAUAAAAUCUUUAUAUGUAUGCAUAUACAAGCAAAAAGAUUUGAUGGAGGAUAUUGAUGAAAUCAUAUUUCACAAAUUUAUAAACUAUAAACCUAUUUAGGUUUCCUUAUAUAAACUUCU